AUGUCGCCUAUUGCUCCCGGCCAGCUCCCAACGGAGCUCGUCAACCUCCUGGCGCUCCACUCAUCCUUUCUCACUGCGCUGUCGCUGCACUACGCACACAACGGCACUUCAUCGCCCGCAGACGUCCGAGACUUGUGCAUGUCGGCCACCAAAGUUUGGCGGCAGCGACAGGUUACCUUCGAUGACAUCCGACUUCUCUUGGGCGUCCUCGACCACGGCCCGUCCGGCAAACACAACCCCUACUACCUCUCCGACUACGGCCGCGGAAAGGUCUGCCUCGAGAUCAAGGAGAGCAGUCCACUCAUGAAUGGCAUGACGCACCUAAACGAGCAAGCGCUUCAAGAUCUGUUCAAGGACGGGCUAGACAGCCUUUGGGCGCAAUGGCGGACCUCUCAGCAGCUCAUGACGCGUCCGAUCGCGACUCUCAAGCGAACACGUGGACGACCAAAGAAGGCAGAUAUCCAGCAGACACGUAUGGACACGUACCUCGAUGACGACUCCAUGUCAGGGUUCCUCUCUCAGCUGCCUCUCGCCCAGGUUACAACCUGCGAAUCGCUCGUCGCGCUCGCGCCGUCACAGGAAAAGGGCCGCAAGAGGCUAAGGGAAUUCAAGGAAAGCGUACAGCAAGGACGCGCGAAGAAGACCAGGCCUUCCUUGGGCAAAGAGAACGAGUGUCAGCAGCCAGUCCAGACCAAGAUGACAGAGUUCGCUGCGGUUCGCAAGACAAAUCUACUCGACCGCAUCCUUGCCAAACAGGAAGCAGCCAAAUCCGGGCCCGCCGCACCGACUCCCGCCGAGAUGCAACGCACAGCUGCUCUGCAACGCACGCCUGAAGUUCUUCGCGUGCUUUCCCUGCUGUGCGCCAGCAAGCCCGGCAUGCGCGUAUCCUUCUCCACAGCUACCCUCGUUCAGUCACUGCGAAGCUCAAUACGGUCACCAAUCUCUCAAGAGGAGGCAAUGAAGUGUCUCGAGGUCUUGGCCACCGAAGUGGCACCUGGAUAUGUAUCCGUCGUCACCAUGGGCACCAUGUCCAGUGUCGUUGUAAAUCAGGCAGCGAGGCCAACGGAUGUUAAGGGCCGUCUUGUAGCUCUUGGUGUUGCGUAGGCCCAGCGCACGAUUGAUUGUUCUUUAUUAGAGUAUCCUGGAUAAAGUUUGCUUUUCUGUUUUGCAUGGCGGGCCGGUUUGGUCAUGUUCUGUUCCGAAACACUUGUGCUUCAGCUAUACCACCCCAUCUAAUAUCAACCGCCUAUCAUCAACCCCGCUA